AUGACCAAGGUCAAUCUUCAGGCAAAUCCGACGGCAAUAGUGAUGAUCAGUCAUGCCACCAGUCAAGCUACCCCCGAUGUGUGUCGUCCUCUUCUCAAUUCAGCCAACUACAAUACCAGUCCCUCCAAUAGCUACGACGACGAACUUGACUAUGAAGCCACCCCAAACACCAUUGAUACCCAUCCUGAUGCCGACGAUGUCCGUCCCUCUGAUACAUUUCCGCUCAUUUCGCCACCAGUCUCAUCCUCUGACGAAUCCACAGCCACAUCCACCUCAUAA